AUGGCGGCGAUUUCUCUGUCGUCGUAUACAAUUCCAUCUCUGAGUUCGAAAGAAUCAUUAUCUAAUGUUUCUGCUUUCGCUUAUCGUUCUAAGACCACCGUCAAAUUCCAGUUUCCAGCUCGUCGGAUUCGAACCGGAGACUUGAAGUUUUCGUCUUUAUCUUCUUCAAGAACUCGAUUCACUCCUCCCGCUAUUGAAGCCAAGAAGCAGACUUUUAACUCGUUGGAGGAUCUUCUUGUGAACUCUGAUAAGCCAGUUUUGGUUGACUUUUAUGCGACUUGGUGUGGCCCCUGUCAGGUCAUGGUUCCAAUACUCAAUGAAGUGAGUGCAAACUUGAAAGACAAGAUCCAAGUGGUGAAGAUCGAUACAGAGAAAUACCCGAGUAUUGCUAAUCAAUACAAGAUUGAGGCACUUCCUACAUUUAUCCUGUUCAAAGAUGGGGAGCCUUGUGAUCGCUUUGAGGGUGCUUUGGCUGCUAAUCAACUCAUCCAACGAAUCGAGAAUUCUCUGGAAGUUAAGAAGCCAUAA